AUGGAGGUCAGUAUAUUCAUGGGAAUUGUAUGCAUGGUUGUCGUAUGUGGCAACAUCUUCGUGUUGUAUGCUUUGAUCUCACAACCUUCACUGCAUACCACAACGAAUUUCCUCGUCCUCUCGUUGACGAUCAGCGAUUUGUUGCUUGGAACGGCUAUUAUUCCAUUCGCUAUCAUACAGGAACACAGCAAGGAUUGGCUUUUUGGCGAUGUCGGUUGUAGACUGUGGCUGACCGCUGAUGUGUGGUUUUCCACCGCAUCCAUCUACAACCUGCUGGCGAUCUCGUUCGAUCGAUACAUGGCAGUGAAACAACCGAUACGAUAUCCGAGUAUAUCGUCGAAACGAGUCACUCGCCUACUCGUUUUUCUCGUAUGGGCAUUCUCUGGAUUACUUGGGCUCUGCCUCUUUAUUCUCGAAUCUAUCCAUAAUUCGCCAAAACAGGAAUGCACACCGAUGCGUCUACCCAGUCUCUACAUUAUAUUCUCCGCAUCGGCAUCGUUUAUAGUACCAGCAAUGGUUAUGAUCGCUCUUAAUGUCUCGAUAUUCUGCACGGUAUUGACGACGAGUAGAUUGAAAUGCGUGUCGAUCAAUAGCAGUGGGUCUUCGAUGCGUAUACAUCGAGGACGAGCGCCUAGUAGCAAGGUUGUGAAGCAGUAUCCUGUCGAUGUUGAUGUACGCCAGAAGCUCUCGGACGACAUGAAGGAUGCUCACCAACAUGCAAAAAUUGCGGAUGAAUUGCCAUGCGCUCAGGAACCGCCAAAAGGGAAACCGGCUGCGAUCGUUGAAGGAAACGAAGAGCAAACUAUUGGAAAUCUAACACUGAAGUCGUUCUUCACACAUGUGAUGGUCGUUUCAAUGAUCAGUACAAACAAGAAGAAAAACAACAUUAUAUCACAGAUUGGAGGAGAACGUCAUCGCCAUCGUUUGCGCACCGAGCUACGUGUUGCUCGUACCACGGCUGUCGUCGUGGGCGUUUUCGUCAUUUGCUGGAUUCCUUUUAGCACAAUUUAUGUUCUUCAGGCGUAUUCCAUUUGUCUUAUGCCUGAUUGUAUCACUAACACAAUGUAUGUGGUCGCAUUCUGGCUUGGCUAUUCCAAUUCAGCCGUGAAUCCGCUGUUGUAUGCAGCGUUUUCCAGAGACUUCCGAGCAGUUUUCCGGAAAAUCCUAAGUAUCAAGUCGAAGGGACCCAUUCACAAAUGA